AUGUUCCAAGCAGGUGCAUUUUUCGGUGCCAUCUUCGGGUUCUUCUUCGCAGAGUAUCUUGGUCGUAAGCCCGUGAUCCUUGGGUCGGGCAUUGUUUUUGCCAAUGGAUCAGCCCUGCAACUCGUGGGACAUAUUUCUGAGCUCUACGCCGGACGAGUGUUGACUGGACUAGGAGUCGGCGCAUCCUCUACCAUGAUUCCUGUCUAUAUCGCCAAAUGCUCCCCACCUCUCAUCCGUGGGCGCCUGGUCGGGAUAUUUGAGAUUAUGCUGCAGGUCGCACUUGUUUUCGCCCAAUGGAGGAUCCCUGUCGGUGUACAGCCGAUUCCAGCUGGAAUGCUUUUAGCCUGCAUGUCUUGGAUGAUAGAAAGCCCACGACGGCUGGCUAGCAAAAACAAAAAUGCCAAAGCACAGAAGAAUCUCGCUUGGGCUCGCAACCUUCCAGUGGAUCACCCCUACGUGGUCAAUGAGAUGGCAGAGAUCCAGGCUGCUGUCAACCAAGAGCUUGAGAUGAGCGGCAAAAGACGCCCACUGUCACAUAUUGUGCGCGAAUGUGGUGCCCCCGGUGUCCGGAAUCGAAUUCUGAUCGGAAUGAUGCUCAUGUUUCUACAAAAUCUGACUGGAAUCAAUUCCAUAAACUAUUACAGUCCCACCAUAUUCCGCUCGAUUGGGUUCACCGGGACUUCCGUCGGACUCCUAGCAACUGGAGUCUACGGCCUUGUCAAAAUGGGUACAACAGUAGUAUUCAUGAUCUGGAUCGUGGACCGCUUCGGACGUCGCGGUCCUCUACUCGUCGGCGCGAUGGGCGCAGCAGUAGCCAUGUUCUACCUAGCUAUAUAUUCCCAGGUCAGCCAAUCCUUCGACCACGUUCCACCCAGCGAUGCUGGAUCUCGAACUGCUGUCGCAAUGGUCUACAUCUACGCAAUUUUUGCGGCUUUUCAUGAAACGUGGUUGGCUCAGUUUAUCAUUGUAUACUCACUGCCUUACAUGAUUGCCUCUAUUAAACAUGGCACCUUCUAUUUCUUUGGAGCGUGUACCCUCGUUGCUUUGGUCUUUGCGUAUCUAUUUGUUCCGGAGACAAAGGGCAUUCCAUUGGAGGAUAUGGGGGUCUUGUUUGGGGCGGAUGUUAGUGUCUUUGCUACCAAGGCCCGGAAGAAUUAUCUGGAGUUUCGACACGCGCAGAUAGAGGCUGCUGAUGAAGCUCAACUGGAGAAGCAGAGUAAUCUUCAUGUGGAGAAUGUGUGA